AUGGUGACUGCAAAUGCUGCUGGUUCAGUACAAUAUCAUCAAGUUGAAGAUCAAAAUGUAAAUCAAUUCAAAGACAAUUCUCACGCGUUGACUAGAGAAAAAUUACUGUUGUUGAAUAACUUGUCACAAAAUCAUCAUGGACGUGAUUUAAAUAUUCAAUUUGAUUUGAAUAAUAACAAUUAUACUACCGCUCCACCAGAAUUAUCAAAUUCUUCAUCUUCUUCAACUUCUUUAUACUCUGUGGAUUCUUUAGAUGAUCAAGAUCAAAGAUCACAAGGUAAUAACAAUAAUGAUGAUGAUUUCUACAAAUAUUAUAAUGGUUCUGAUUCUUCUAUUGCUACUAUUGUUCAAAAAUUAUCAAAUUCAACAAGUUCCACUAUAAAUUUACAAAAUUUAAAUGAACAAGCUGAAACAAAUGUUGCUCAUGCACCAAUUAUUGAAAAAUCUCAUAGUUCAAUUGAUCAAGAUGUAACUGAAGAUGAAUCAAUAAUUUCAGCUCCAUUAUCUUCAAUCCCAAGAUCAUUAAAAUCUUCAUUAAAAUUACCUUCAUUGAAAAGAUCAAAAUCUUUACCAUCAACUAAAAAUGUUCGUUUCUCUUCGGAUUUAGAACGUAUUAAAACUUUUGAUGGUUCUCAAAAACCAAGUUCAAUUUCAUUAGAAAAUUCACCAGAUCAAUCACCUCCUUGUUAUGAUGAUCAAAUGCUUGGUCAAUCAAGAGCUUAUUUUGAUUUAAAAGAUGAUAUGUUUUUCAAUAAACGUAAUUCAUGGGAUUAUGAUGUUGAUGAAACUUCUUCAAGUGAUUCAAGUGAUGAUGAAUUGGAUGAAGCUAUUUAUUAUAGAUCAAAACCAAAAUGGUCUUAUAAACCUUUAAAUUUUAGUCUGUGGAGAUCAACUGAUAAACAUGCUAUAGUUAAAUUAUCUUCAUUAUAUGUUGAAAAAGAUUCAAUAAUUGGUAUGAUUCAAGUUCAAAAUAUCUCAUUUGAAAAAUCUUUGGAAAUUAAAUUCACUGUUGAUUCUUGGAGAACUAUUUAUAUUGUUAAUGCAGAUUUUGAAUGUUCAUUAGAUUCUGAAAGAGAUCAAUUUAAAUUUAAAAUCAAUUUAAAUAAUACAUUUAUGAUUAAUAACUCCAAGAAACCAUCAUCUAAAAAUCAACCAAUUACAGUGGAAUUAUGUAUUAAAUAUUCAACUUCAGGUAUGGAUUAUUAUGAUAAUAAUCAUUCAUCAAAUUUUAGAUUUCAAUUAAGAUCAAAUAAAAAACAACAAAAAUCCAAAAAUUUCAUUAAAUCUUCAAUUAAUAACACUGGUUAUUAUCAUCGUCCAACUUCACAAAUUACUUCAAAUUUUGUUUCAAGUUUAUAUAAUUCUUCAUCAUCAUCACCUUCUCCAUCUCCAUCUCCAUCUUCUUCACCAUCUCCAGUUGAUUAUUCAAGAAAUGAAAAUUAUACAACUUCAAGAUAUUUUUCUGAUGAUACUGAUUAUUUCAAUAAUAAAUAUUUAUCAAAUUCUUCAUAUUCAAAUCCAAUGUUGAAACCUGUUCAUGUUAAUGAUUCAUGUUCAUCAUCAACAGUUUCAUCAAUUAAUUCAAACAAUUCAGGAAUUUCAGAAACUUCAGUUACUUCAACUUCAUCAAAUGAAACCAUUAAAGCUAAUGUUUCAACUCCAUCUUCUUCAUCAUCAUCAAAUUAUAAUGAAGUUUCAAAUGAACAAUCUUUACUGAAAUCAAGACAAAAUUAUAAUGAAUUUUUGAAAAAAUUUUGUUUUUAUAAAAGUGAUGAAUUGAAAAGAAAUGAAAUUAAUGAAGCUCCUUUUAUUAGAUAA